UGGCUCGCUGCAGUGAUGGCACCGCAGCUCCAGGGCCAGAGCUGUAACAUGAAAACGGCUGUCCGCGGCACUGCCAGGAGUAAAGUGGAUCUAUUUCAAGUCGUGUACUUCGGGAAAGUCCUGCGCAGAGACAUGACCGAGUGGACCCUGCUGAAGCGCCUCCUGGACGCCGUGCACCAGCACUCCACCAUGAUCGGUCGGAUCUGGCUCACCGUCAUGGUGAUCUUCCGGCUCCUCAUCGUGGCCGUGGCCACCGAGGACGUCUACACGGACGAGCAGGAGAUGUUCGUCUGCAACACCAUCCAGCCGGGCUGCUCCAACAUCUGCUACGACUCCUUCGCGCCCAUCUCCCAGCCCAGGUUCUGGGUGUUCCAGAUCAUCACCGUGUCCACGCCGUCCUUGUGCUUCAUCAUCUACACCUGGCACAACCUCUCCAAACAUCCGGAGGGGGAGCACGUUAAAGAGAGCCGAGAGACCUACGACAGGAGUUGCGACUCCGACAGCUGCUCCAUCAAAUCCCACAGACACCUGGGGCACAGCCUGGCAGACGUGCUGGAGGGCAUCGCUGCUCAGAGCAAUCACAAAGCGGCCAGCGGCAGCUCUGUCGCAAGAUCGCGAGUCUUCCAGGAAAGCGGGAAGUCGGGAGUCCUGUCGAAAUACUACGUCUUCCACGUGUGCUUCCGGGCGACCCUGGAGAUCGGCUUCGUCUUCGCCCAGUGGCUCCUGUUCGGGUUCCACGUCCCCUCUCACUUCGUGUGCACCGCCUUCCCCUGCUCCCAGAGGGUGGACUGCUACGUCUCCCGGCCUACGGAGAAGACCGUCUUCCUCGUCUUCAUGUUCUGCGUUGGGAUAUUCUGCAUCUUCCUCAACUUCCUGGAGCUGAACCACUUGGGCUGGAAAAAGAUCAAGACGUCUAUCCGCAUAAAAGAGAGCCCGUGGAGAGGCUACGAGGCCAUAAACCAGGACAGCCAAUCGGUGGCCUCCCUUACAUUCAGGGACAUUACCAGCACCACGUCUCUGCCCACGUUAGACCUGGUGGUGGAACACAAGCCAGACUGGACCUGCACAGGAAACUGCUCCCCGCUCAAAAACGAAACGGCCGCAGAAGCGCAAAGCCAGGACAACCCCAGAGGAACGCAUUCUGUAAAGAGCAAGACCAGCAAAGGGAGGUCCUCCAAGCAGAGGAGCUCCGAGGUCUGGAUAUAAACUCUCGGAAGGUUCCGGAAGGUUUCACAGUGCAAUGCCAAUGUUUCAUAACAAUGAGUAAGUCUUAAAUUCAAUCGCGGAAAUAGGUUCUGGCGUUUUCCCACACAUCUAUGGUAAUGCCAUGCCGGUCUGACAUCAGUGCUGCUUCAUUGGUCCUGUGGUGACAGUUAAAAUUGCUAGUGAUUAUUUGGUAUGGUUUAUGUAGGCUACAUUAAUGGCUGAAGAUAGUGUGUCACCAGAUAAAACCAUACCACAUGAGCUAGAUUAAGAAGAAACUCUGGAGACAUUUGUUCAGUAUUUUCUUUCUCAUUUAUUUACGUAAUAUAUGUAUUAAUAUAUUCAUUUACAACAUCUAUAAAACCAUUUUGUAUAAAUUACACUGCAGGAAAGAGGAAAAUGCUGAUAAAUCUAGUCCCACGUUUCCACCAAGGUUUGGAAAAAUGAAUACUGAACAGAGAUAGAUCCUAGUGCAGCUGAACAAAACCAGAGAAAUAAUUCUGUAGAAGAACUCAACUGCAAAGUAGAGAUGUGACAGCUUCUACAAUUUCAUGACAUAUUUGGGAUUCAGUCUCCAUCAUUUAACACCCAUGAAGGUGGUCCAGAUGUGUGUAAUGUAAUGCAAUUUUAUUUAAAGGUUCUUUUCCACUUGUAAUUGGGUGCUUUCUCUAUGUCAGACUCACUGAAGUGGAUCAGCAGUCUAGGUUAAAUACUGGCACAGAGAGUAGUGCUGUGCUUUACUCAGUUAAUGUCCUUUUAAACACUCCCUGAUUUCCCCUUGAUAUAAAGUCUCCACUUAUUUUACAGGAUCAAGGGUUUACUGUCAAGUUUCAGUGAACUUAUGGCAUUUGAUUACUUUGUUGUAUCAAAAUAUCUGCAUUAAUUUACUAGCAAUCAAAUGUUCAUCUAUUUUUCUCUUCUUUGUCGGUCCAGAAAUAACAAAAAUACACACGUGAAAUGAAAUUGUGUAAAAAAUGAAUGGCUGUACCCAAUUUUUUGUUUUGGGUAAUAGGAAUGUAAGGACACCCCUACAGAAACAUAUCUAUACAAAAAAUGAUGCUGGAAAAAUCAUUCAGUUAUAGAAUUUAACAUACAUAUGGCAUAAGUAGUCAUUUGUGACAUGGCUAUAUCAUAUUAUUUGAGGGUUGCAAUUUUCAUUAGUAAUCGUCCCUGGCAAUUUCACUGGACAACAUAUAGUACAUUGCAUUUUUUAAAAUCUAUAAAGACAAGAAACUGUCAGUUAAACACUAUGAGUCUGGCUACAAAGACUUGCAACACUUAAAAGCAUUGCUGCUCUCCGUUAAUAAAAGCAGAGCUAUCUGACUGAAGAUGUGAUGGUGGACUAUGCCUCAUUAACAUUUGCAAUUUGUUAAGUUUCAUUCAACCAACAAUAUUGGACUAACGUUACAUAGCAGGCAAGAAAUUCUCAUCACAUACAGUACAAAUUACAAGUCCAUAUCAAUCUAUAUAUAUAUAUAUGUUUGUAUGUGUGUGUGUGUGUGUGUGUGUGUACAGUAUAUAUAUAUAUAUAUAUAUAUAUAUAUAUAUAUACAU